AUGAAGUUCCUCACACUCGCUGCUUCACUCGCUGCUCUGGCUCCUGGAGUCCUCGCCACGCGCACCCAGAUGAGCAACGAGUUCGUUCCUAGAUUGUCCCCCUCCAUCGAAAACACACCUGCCUACGACAGGUUCGUCGACCCGACCGUCAAAACCAUGGUCUUGGACGGGUUGGAGAAGCGUCAAGAGGAGCCCAGCCCUGACCGCAACACCACUCUCCAAGAUGGUCUCAUCUUCGUCUUGCAGUGCAAAAACCCCGGCUUCAGAGACCCAUGCAUUUCCCUGGGAGCUCCCCCAGGAGUUUGCGCCUCCUACUUCAGCUUCAACGGCCCCAACUCUACCGCUCUCUCCGACUUGUACAACAACAACGUCAGUUCCAUCUCCACCAACACUGGCGGCAACUGCCAAUUCUACAAGUACCUCAAUUGCAACGAGAAGGGAGACGACAGAGGUCUCACCGUCGACUACAACUACGAUCUGUCCUGGGUUUUCCCAGGCGGCGACCCCCGUGCCCCCGAAUACGAUGAUCAGAUCACUUCUUGGAGAUGUUAA